UGUUGAUAAUGGAUAAUAUUUCUAUUGUAAUUUUUGUGCUGGACAAAUUAAUCUGCUGGUUGUUUUGAUUACUUCUCCACAAGUGUUACUGGACCAACUGAAUUCCCAGCUGUUGUGUUGUCGUAGUCAAAGCUGUUAUUAAUAGAUGGUGUGGAAGGAAACUAGAGUCAGAACAGACUGCACAGUGUAACCUCUUACUCUGAAGCCACCUACUGUAUGUUGUAACACCUGACAGGUAGAAUUUGAAGAUUUGAAAACUGUGAAAAUUUGUUCUCUAAUCAUGGAUAAUGUUUCUCUUGUAAGAAUUUUCACUCUCUCAGGGAUAAAUGAGACCAUGAAUAACAGAAUCGCUAUCUUUUCAGUCACUUUACUUUAUUACUGUGUGAUUUUGUUAUUAAAUAUCUCUCUCAUCAUGAUCAUUAUCAUAGAUGAAAACCUGCAUGAACCUAUGUACAUCUUACUGUGCAGUUUUUGUAUUAAUGGACUUUAUGGGACCACAGGUUUCUACCCCAAAUUCCUCAUAGAUGUAUUGUCUUCUUCUCAAGAAAUCUCAUAUGAAGGAUGCCUUUUACAGGCUUUUAUCGUGCACUCAUUUGUUUGCUGUGAUUUAUCCAUUCUAGCAGUUAUGGCCUACGAUAGAUAUCUGGCUAUAUGUCGACCACUGCACUACCACUCUUUCAUGACUAAGAGGAGGCUUUCUCAGCUGGUAUGUUUCUCCUGGCUAACACCUUUCUGUAUUUUCUCCAUCAAUAUUGUGCUCACGUCAAGACUAAAGUUAUGUGGUACAAAUAUUCGUAGACUGUUUUGUGCAAACUGGAUAAUUGUUAAACUUGCUUGCCCUGAAACUGACACUUCUUCAAACAGUGUAGUUGCAUAUAUUGGAAUUUUCAUGUAUCUCUCUCAUGGCUUUUUCAUAAUUUGGACUUAUAUGCAUCUUAUUAGAACUUGUGUGAGGUCUAAAGAUGACAGGGUAAAGUUUAUGCAGACAUGUGUGCCCCAUUUAACCUCAUUAGUCACUUUCGUAGUUGCAGUACUUUUUGAUUUGAUGUAUAUGCGAUUUGGCUCCACAGAUUUACCUCAAAGCCUUCAAAACUUCAUCGCUAUAGAAUUUCUGCUUAUUCCUCCUGUUAUGAAUCCUCUGAUAUAUGGAUUUAAAAUGACCAAAAUACUGAAACCGAAUUCUGGGUUUAGUUUAUGUUGAAAGAAAAUGACCUCUUCCAUUAAGUUUAAUCUUUAAUUCAAUUUAAUGUGACAAAAUCCAGUGUUUUUGAUUAAGGAUAUAUCAUGAUGACCAACAACUUAACAUUUUGUAUUUACUUUGUUAAGCGUAUUUCUGUUAUGCUUCAUGUGACAUGUAUGAAUAAAUUGACGUUUUUAUUUUCCA